GAGCGGGCGCAGCUGACGGAGCUGCUGGAGCGGCUGCUCGCGGAGAAGACGCUGCUCGAGAAGGACAACAACAAGGACAGCAGCAGCAGCCCAAAAAAGCCUCUUCUGCUGAAGAUUGCCCCCGACCUGAGCGAGGCGCAGCUGGCCGAUAUUGCCCAGGUGCUGCUCCGCUUCAGCCGACCCAGCUCUUCCGGCGGGCGCCUCGCCACCAUCGACGGCGUCAUCGUGGGCAAUACCACGGUCAGCCGCCCCGCCUCCCUUCGCUCCCCGCCGGAGGUGAUCCGAGAGGAGGGCGGCCUCAGCGGCCCGCCCCUUCGGGAGCUCUCCACCUCGGUCAUCGGCCGCCUGUACCGGCUGACCGGCGGCAAGGUGCCCAUCAUCGGCGUGGGCGGCAUCGAGUCGGGCAUGGACGCCUACGAGAAGAUCGCCGCCGGGGCGAGCGCCGUACAGCUGUACACCAGCAUGGCCUAUGCGGGCCCAGCAGUGGUACGACACGUCAAGGAAGAGCUCGCCCUCAUGCUCUACUACAACGGCUUUGCCAGCGUCGCCGAGGCGGUCGGCGCCGACCACCGUCCUGAAGUCGGCCCCCGGAAGUACCCGCCGGAGAUGGAACAGGAGAAGGAACGACAGAGGCAGCAGCAGCAGGAGAAGCCACUCGAGAAGCAAAACUAA